ACCGGGCUUGGGUUCAGACUUGCUAGAGUUUAAGGGAACGAGGAACAGAGUGGCCCCGGGGGUACCCAAACGGGACAGCCACCCUAACGCCUUAGGACAUCCGGGCAGGGGAUGCAGCUGGAAGUCUAGGGAAGCACUGCUACCCCCUCCUCUCCUCAACCCUGGCGGGGUGGUUUCCCAGUCCCCUCAAAGGCAUUCAUGGACGGAUGAGAAGAGCUGACACUCCCCCUCAUGACUACCUUCUCUCCUUUGGCCAUGGAGGAAGCCUUGCUGCCCUUGGUCAUGACCUCUGACCCCAAGCCCUUUAAUCAACAACUCCCAGAGCCUCCAGAUCUAAGAUGUCUCUUGAAAUCCCAGGACAGUACUGAACUGGCACCCGCCCUGGUGUGUGCUCUUUGCUGCUGCUUUGGAAUCAUCUACUGCUGCUUCGGCUACCGCUGCUUCAAGGCAGUGAUGUUUCUCUCCGGUCUGCUGUCUGGGGCGCUGGUCAUCUUCCUGUUGUGCCACAAGGAGCGAGUGCUAGAGACACAACUGAGCCUGGAGGUGAGCGCAGGCAUUGCGCUGGGCAUCGGACUCCUCUGCGGCCUGGUCACCAUGCUGGUUCGCAGUGUGGGGCUCUUCCUGACUGGUCUCCUGCUAGGCGUCACCAUGGGUGCUGGUGCCCUGCUCGGCACUGAGCCCAUCUACCAGCCGCCUUCAGCCUGGGUGCCAGCUGGUGGAUUGGUGGGACUGGCACUGCUCGGAGCUCUCCUCACACUUCGGUGGCCACGUCCAUUCACCGUUCUGGGCACAGCCCUGCUGGGGGCAGCAGUGCUGGUGGCCUGUGCUGACUACUUCCUGGAGGGGCUGGCCCUGGGCAGUCGGCUAGGCCAACGUUUGCAGGCACUUCCGGCCUUGCCUCCUCUCUGCUGGUAUAGCUGGGUCUUGCUGGGCACCUGGCCAGCCCUGGGGGCUCUUGGGGCCCUAGCACAGUGGAAGCUCAUGGAUGAGGAACAUGGAGGUCAUGCCAACGUGGUGCUGAGCCAGCAGCAAAGGCAUCUCCAACUCCUCCGGCUCCGUCAGCAAGAGGCCAAGUGGCACCGGACGUCUCAUGCGGUGGGGCUGCGUGACGGCAGCUACCGGCGCCAGCUGUGCCCCAGCACCCGCAGCCCUGCAGACAGUCUGGCUCCCAGUUAUCUCCAGAGCCUUCGAGAACGUCAGCUGGGACCAGGCCCCAUGGCCACAGCACCUCACACCAUAGUGGACUUGGAUUCUGACUGUGGUUCUACUGUACCUCUCAACACCCCUUUGGGUCCCACCCAGACCUGAGCCUACUUCCGCAUUGAAACUUCGUCACAAGC